AUGGCUGGGCCACAAACGCCCCAAAGUACGCCGCCGCCGACGCCAGCAGUGGAGGUGGAGGACACUCAAUCUCUACGAAGUCUCAUGGUCGGGACGACUGACAUUAGCCGGCCCAUCGUGAAGAAGCUGAUUGAAGGCAACCAGAUCAAGCCUGGGCAGCUUGGUGCAGAGAACCAAGACGAGUUGCAGGCGCGGCUCAUGACUGCCCACUACAUCCAGCUGUACUACAAGAAGGAGAAUCAGCAACAGGUCACAGAGAAGGAGACCCCUCAGGUGGUGGCCUUGAGCUGCAUUUUCCUGGCUUGCAAGGUGCUCGACUUUCCGAAGCGCAUGAAGAUGCUGAUACGCGCUUACAAUCAGGUCUUAGCGGAAAAGAAAGAUCCCGAGCUGUCGGACCAGCAGCAGUCCAAGAUGGUCGACAAGAUCCUUAAGCUCGAGUUUCAUCUCCUGCGCAUCUCUUGCUUCCUCUUCGAUGUGCAAAUGCCAUCCCAGUUCCUUGAGGAGAAGCUGAACCGAUUCUGCGAUGCAGUCUUCAGCUAUCCUGAAUUUGAGAAAGCAUAUCCAUACGAGCGGAAGCAACUCCGGAAAGUGAUGUUCACGACGGCCUCGCGCUUCGCGGUGGACGCUUAUUGCGGGAACCCCGAGCUCUCGAGGGACAUGGAUGUUUUGACGACGGCCUCUAUUGUGUUUGCUUCUCGCUACAUCUUGCGGAGUAAAAGCACCAGCUCGCCAGCAGUCGUCGCAGCACUUGACCGGAGCUGGGAUCAAAGGUCGCCUUCCCAAUUCCCUUGA